AGGUCCUGCCUUGUGACUGCGAGGAGCGGGGCGGGCCCUUCCUUCCCGGCGGAUCCGGAGCAGAAGCCGCGUCCUGAAGCCCCAAACCACUUGGUAACUCUCAUGGAACCUCACCCUGUAUAAUUUCCUGUAGGCUAUCCCCCUCUCCAGGAAAAGAAGGGAAUGACAUCUGUUCAGUUAUCAUCUCCUUUCCCUCCCCCCCAAUAAUCUGCAGAGGACCACGGCCUGGCCCAAAUCAGGAGCCUGGAGCCAGAGGGAAUGGCACCUGGAAGCUGCAGAGCCCCACUCCAGGAGUUGGUGACCUUCAAGGAUGUGGCUGUGGACUUCAGCCCAGAGGAGUGGGGUCUGUUGGACCCGGAGCAGAAAGAGCUGCACAAGGAGGUCAUGCUGGAGAAUGUCGAGAACUUGCUCUCCCUGGAUGCAGAGACGCAGUUUGAUAUGAAGAAGAUGAGUGCAAAUCUGGAAAUGAUCUCAUGGAAUGACCUUUUUCAGUAUUGUGAAUACAGGGCUGUUUUUGCCAACCACAAAAGAAAACACAUUGAAGAGGAACAUUGUGAAUGGAAUAGACACAAAAAAGCUUUAAGAAAGAGUUCUAGUGUUGCUGAAGAUAAGAAUAUACAUUGUGAAGAGAAACCACUUGAAUGUCAUAGAUGUGAUGCCGCUUUUCUUAUACUCUUCCUUGCCAAGUAUCAGAAAAUCCAUGCUGGAGAGAAACCUUAUGAAUGUAAGAAACAUGGAAAGACUUUGAGAGAGCGAUCUACUCCUGCUAAACCUGAGAGAAUUCACCAAAAACAAUCGUAUCUAUGUAAUCAAUGUGGAAAGGGUUUCCAAUAUUAUUCCAAAUUGGCUCAACAUCAGAGAAUCCACACUGGAGAGAAGCCUUAUGAAUGUACUGAAUGUAGAAAGACUUUCAUAGAUGGCUCCAGCCUUGCUAAACAUCAGAGUGUCCACACUAGAGAGAAGCCUUAUGAAUGUAAUCAAUGUGGAAAGUCUUUCACAUCUCACUCUAGUCUUACUUCCCAUCAGAGAAUCCACACUGGAGAGAAGCCUUAUAAAUGUACUGAAUGUGGAAAGAGUUUCAUAUAUCGCUACAUCCUUACUAAACAUCAGAGAAUCCACACUGGAGAGAAGCCUUAUGAAUGUAAUGAAUGUGGAAAGACUUUCACAGAGUGUUCCAGUCUUUCUGUCCAUUGGAGAAUUCACACUGGAGAGAAGCCUUAUAAAUGUAACGAAUGUGGAAAGACUUUCACAUUUCUCUCCAGUCUUACUGUCCAUCAGAGAAUCCACACUGGAGAGAAGCCUUAUGAAUGUAGUGAAUGUGGAAAGGCUUUCGCAAAGCGCUCCUAUCUUGAUGCACAUCAGAGAAUGCACAAUGGAGAGAAACCCUAUGAAUGUGACAAAUGUGGAAAGACUUUCACAUCUCAUUCUAGUCUUACUGUCCAUCAGAGAAUCCACACUGGAGAGAAGCCUUAUAAAUGUAGUGAAUGUGGAAAGGCUUUCAUAAGUAGCUCCAGGCUUUCUUCCCAUCAGAGAAUCCACACUGGAGAGAAGCCUUAUGAAUGUAAUGAAUGUAGAAAGACUUUCAUAUCUCACUCUAGUCUUACUUCCCAUCAGAGAAUCCACACUGGAGAGAAGCCUUAUAAAUGUACUGAAUGUGGAAAGGCUUUCCUAAAUGGCUCCAGUCUUACUUCCCAUCAGAGAAUCCACAGUGUAGAAAACUCUUAUGAAUGUAAUGAAUGUGGAAAGGCUUUCAAACACACAAACAGUCUCACAGAACAUCAGAGAAUCCACACUGGAGAGAAGCCUUAUGAAUGUAAUGAAUGUGGAAAGACUUUCAUAUAUCGCUCCAUCCUUGCUAAACAUCAAAGAAUCCACACUGGAGAGAAGCCUUAUGAAUGUAAUGAAUGUGGAAAGACUUUCAUAUAUCGCUCCAUCCUUGCUAAACAUCAGAGAAUCCACACUGGAGAAAAGCCUUAUAAAUGUGAUGAAUGUGGAAAGACUUUUACGCGGCACCACAGUCUUGGUAAACAUGAGAAAAUCCACAUUGGACAGAAACCUCAUGAAUGUGGAAACUUUCAGGCAGAGUUCAAAUCUUGCUUAAUAACAGAGAGUGCACAUUAGAGAAAAACUUUUGAGUGUCUGGAUCAUGGUAAAGUUUUUAACAUAGAUUAUUCUGGGACUAGACUAGACAUGGAAGAUCCCAUACUAGAUAUAAAACCUCAUUCACAUAAUCCAUGUGGAAAAACAUUCAGGCUCACUUCAUUCCUUUUCGAUCAAUAAUGAUUAAGAAAUUUUAUCUGAUUUUAAAUUGUUUUUAUUACUUAAUUUUCCUCUUCAUUCUCUUGUAUAUUCCCAAACUCUUUGGCUCUCCAUCUGUGUGAUAAGUAAUGUGUUCCAUGUUCUAAUUUUCUUUUAAAAUAGCUCCAUUUUGAAUUAGUUUGUUAAAUUGUAUUGGGUCAGUUUGAGGGUAAGUGAGGCCUUUUCAGAAAACUGACCCCAAGAAGAGUACCAUAGUUUAGGGCUAUAGUUCCAAAAAAAUCUCCCCCUUGUACCUCCUUGUGGCUUGCACAAAUCACUUUGUCACAUCAGCAGGCUUUGUAAUAUAUAGUUACUGUUCUAGAGA